AUGAGAUGCACAGCCAGCUUCUCUACUGCCCCACCGACAGCCCAGAGCAAUGGCCGAACUGCUCUUGUUCAGGGUGCCUCCAGAGGCUUGGGACUGGAAUUUGUGCGUCAGCUCUUGGACCACUGCCAUUUCCUGCUUUACAGGGUCAUAGCAGCAUGCAGGAACCCCGACCAGGCAACGCAGCUUGCAGAGCUGCAAGCCAGCAGCUCUGGUCGCCUGGAUCUUGUGCAGCUGGACUGUACCAACGAGGCAUCAAUUGCCAGGGCGGCAGCCCAGGUGUCAGCCAAGCACAAGCACCUAGAUCUCCUGCUGAACGUGGCUGGCAUCCUCCACAUCCCAGGGAAAAUGUCUCCAGAGACUGCGCUGUCACGAGUCACUGCCUCAAAUCUGCUAGAAAAUUUCCAGAUCAAUGCUUUAGGCCCCACCCUGGUGUCAAAGAUUGAAUGCCCAAUGAUUGUUGCUGAAAAACUUUCUGUGAUUUACAGAGAAAGACCUGCUGUCAUUGCAAACCUCAGUGCGCGCGUCGGAAGCAUAGGGGACAACAGUUUGGGGGGCUGGUAUUCGUACAGAGCGAGCAAGAGCGCUCAGAACCAGCUGUCGAAAUGCAUGUCGGUGGAGUUUGCACGGCGCAAGCAGAACGUGGCUGUGGUGAUGCUGCACCCAGGCACUGUAGACACAGAUCUGUCAAUGCCAUUCCAGAAGAAUGUGAAGCCAGAAAAGCUCUUCACCAGAGAGCGGGCUGUGAAGCAGCUGCUUGACAUUGUGGACAAGGUUACGAUGGACGACAAUGGCCGAUUUAUAGCAUGGGAUGGACAAGAAAUCCCUUUCUAA